AAUGGAAUCGACUCUGCGUGUGUAUUGAAUUGAAGGAGAACGAGAGGGUGAUAUAGGAGAGAAAUGGCGGGAUUAUCCGGUGGUAUUCAGGACGUUCAAGGCAGCCAGAACAGCCUUGAGAUCGAUAGUCUUGCUCGCUUUGCUGUUGAAGAUCACAACAAAAAGCAGAAUACUCUUUUGGAAUUUGGAAAGGUGAUAGGUGCAAAAGAGCAGGUGGUUGCUGGCACUAUGUACUACAUCACGCUGGAGGCAACUGAUGGUGGGAAGAAAAAGGUUUAUGAAACCAAAAUUUGGGUGAAGCCAUGGCAGAACUUCAAACAGGUGCAAGAGUUUAAGCUCGUUGGUGAUGCCCCUUCUGAGUCUUCUAGCUAGGUUAAUGAAGAUUCUAGGUGGCUAGCUUGGCUUGAAGGUGGAGUUAUUAGGAUGUCAAAAGUAUGAUAUAUAAGGAAUAAAAGUAGCUAAUUGAUUACCAUCUGGAUUUAUAUUCAAGCCUUUACUUAUUAUGGAAGAUGGAUGCUUUUGUAAUCUUUUUAUAAAUUCAAGUACAAGAAAUAUGGUGUAUUAUGUAUUAAUAUUUAUAACUGAUGCUCCUUGUGAAGCAAGAAAUUGAGGACGACUUGAAAAUGCCUAUAUUAGGGGCCGCUUCUAAAGGGCACCAUCCAUAUCAUCAUCUCUAGUGUUGAUUAUAUGUAUAUUUUUUUUUUUUUAGGAAAAUCCAUAUCCGUAUUUCAUUUGUAAUCUCAAAUUUUGUAACAAGUCAUAUUAUGUACAAGUCACACACAGCAUUGCUCAA